AUGGAACCAAAGGGCUUCACAGGAGCCCCCUUUUGGAGUCAACAAGCCCGAUUUGAUGUAUCAGCCAUUUAUCCUAAUGUCAAGAAGCCCAAUACUUUCCUCCAGGCCCCAUACUGCAAGAGUGUCUGUUCAGAAUUGAGUCGAAAAUUAGGACCAGGCACUUACAUGACUGACUAUGGAAGCUUCAGCAGUACUGCUUUGCAGAAGAAUGUAUCAAGCUCUAGCUGGGCAAAGGCUCAGGAGGCAGCUAGACUCACUGAAAUGCCACAUUUUAAAUUUAAGGAAAUAUGUCAGCAGGAGAAAGCUCAGAAAAGAAAACUGGGACCUGGGACUUACAAUCACACAGAUUUUCUGGAGCUCAUGGAAAGACGUCCACACAGUACUAAAGGAAUUUGUGAUACUGGAGAAGUGAGAUUUAAAGACCGCAUCAGGGAAUGUUAUCCUGGCCCUGGUACCUAUGGGAAUCCUUAUGUUAAACUACAAGAAAAGGAAAAAAGCUCAGUGACUGCCCUAGGAAUAAUGGACAGUAAAACUCCUAAACAGUUCACCUUCUUCCAUAUGGGAAGUGGUUUGGGACCUGGUACCUAUAAUCUCAAAAAUGGUAUUGAUGAGAUGUUGAAACGAGUGGUCAGUAUUCGAGGUCCGUAUGAAAUCUUCACAGGCAACAGGUCAAAACCUAUGAUUGCUGGACAUUUUGCUGGUGAUAAAAAAACCUCUGAGCUGACUAAUUGCAAUGUCAAAUCCUUCCUGGAAGAACUGGAGACGAGGGAGAAAAAGAAACAUGGUGUUUUUAGCAGUUAUGAGCGGAAUCCUGAUCUCCCAACUGAACGGAUCUUCUGGGCCAGAAUUGGCCAGGUUCCACGUGAACAAUUCCAAACAGGACCAGGCUCCUAUGACAUAAAACCCAUUAAGAGAACAGAAUAUGAAAACCAACCACCGUUCUGGAUUCGUGCAAAAAGAUUUGACCGAAAAGCAUACCGUCUCAUUUUUGGAAAUGCUAAUCCUGUUGGUGUUGGCCGCUAUGAUGCCACAAAGCAUGAGAAAUAUUCAAAGAAGAUGAGAUACCGUUCCCUUUAUUUGAAUGAAGCACAACGUUAUCUUAGUAACUCGGAAAGGGACAAGUGUUUACAGGAGAGGAUCACUCCUGUUAAUAAAGGUCGCUGGAGCAACCCAACAUCUGCCUAAGAAAUGGUUGCAUCUGGAAAAAAAGUACACUUAAGUAACCAAGUAUGAGCUGCAUGCCUACUUAAUUUUAGUUUGGCCAGCCUAACUGCAGGAUCUAAAAACUAAGCUCGAUACACUGAGGAAUCCUUUAUUCUUGACCAAUAAACUCUUGGGAAUUUGAGCAAUCAUUUUUACCAUUUAAAAAAAACCCCAAGGUUAUUUGUUAGAAUUUUUUAAUUGCAGGUUUCUCUUCUAAAAUCAGUGUGCUGCCAUAAUUAUGUCAAUAUUAAAAUUGUUAAACUUAAAUGCUUGCUGUCCA